AGUCCCUCCUCACCAGCCCUCGCUGCAUCCUGCGGCCCACAGUCCUGGGGCUGGCCCCACACCGCGCCUUCUCCCCUUCCUCUGCGGCUUCCCAGAGAGAUGCUGACCACGUUUCCCAAACCAAAAGCUGACGUGAGAACAGCGAGGGGCCCGGGGUGGGCGGUGCCGGGCACAGAAGGACUUCAGCGAGGGGGCUUCUCAGAGGUGGUGUUUGAGUGGACAUGGAUGAGGGGAGCCCACCCUGAAGAGUGUGGGGGCGGCCUUGCAGGCUGAAAGAGUGGUGAGUGCUAAGGCCCUGAGCCUGCCCCCAGCCUGGCGAGUUCAGAGAAGAGAAAGGAGAGCAUCGUGGCUGACACUCGUGGGACAUGGGGAGGGCAGAGGAAGGCAUACUGAGAGGGAGAAAGCGUGGGUUUAUCCCACAAGAAGGCUGCGGUCCGUGGGCCCUGGGCCAGGUCGCCAUGAUGCAGCACCUCUCUGGGCUCCUCACUUGGCUGGAGGCAGGAGGUGAACCCAUCAGGCAGGAGCCAGAGCAGGGCCCGGGGAGGUAAGGCGGGCAGGGCCGGCCCAUGGCUCCUGCGAGCUGUGGCUCGCUGGUCCUGCUGGUGGAGCGAGGACAAGUUUGAGCAGCCAGGUGUCCCUCCCAGGGUGAGCACGCUGUCCAGGGCGUUCCCACUGGGAAAGCAGGUUCUCCAGCUCCGAGCCCGAGCGCCUCCUAGACUCACAGAUGGUGCCCUGGGGGCAGCCGCUCUACGGCCCACAGAGAUGUCAGGGUCACUAUGUGGGGGGCUGUCCAGAGGGGAGGACCAGGGCCCAGAGAGGUGACGCAGUUUGUUCAGGUGCCCCGGAAAAUUGCUCUUCAAACAAGGACUUGAACCUACAGCAGGGAAGGGGCCCUCUUUCCCCACCAGGAUCCAAAAUUACUUACACACUCAGUCAGGACCACGUUUGGCUGCUGUACUGAGUUCAUCCAGAUUCAUGCUGGAGCACUUUAUUUUUUUCUUUUUUAAUCCGGGUUUGUGCACUGGACCACUAAAAUUUUAUUUACAUGGCAUUCAAUGGCUUUUUAAUCCAACUUCCCUGAGAUAUAAUUGACGUCUACCAUUGUGUGAGUUCAAGGUGCAGAGCACGGUGACUUCAUGUGUUAGACGCUGUAAAUGAUUACCGCGGGCAGGCAGGUUAAAAUGUCCGUGACCUCGCACAGUCACCUUCCUCUGUGUGUGCAGUGAGAACUUCCAGAUCUUCCUGCGCGCCUCCCAAGUACGCGACACAGUACCGCCAGCCGCGGUCACUGCGCUGCACGUUCACACCCACUGUCCACCCCAUUACCACCGCUGUGUGCCCGACUGCCUCACCAGCCACCUCCCCACCCCUGGCAGCCACCAGGCUACUCUUAUUUCCAGGAGCUUGGCUUUUCAAGACUUUUUUAUUUUGUAUUGGAGUAUAGCCAGUUAAUAAGAAAUGCUGUGACGGUUUCAGGCGCACAGUAAAGGGACUCAGCCACAUACGCAUGUGUCCACUCUCCCCCAAGCGCCCCUCUCCUCCGGCUGCCGCGUGACCCUGGGCAGAGCUCCCUGUGCUGCAUGGUAGGGCCCUGUCGUUUGCCCAUUUUAAGUCCGGACUUUUCUGGAUUUUACGUAUAAGUGAGAUCACGCAGCAUUUGUCUUUCUCUGGCUGAUUUCCCUCAGCACAGUGUCCAUGUGGUCACAAAUGGCAGGACUUCCUUCUUUCUUGUCAUGGAAUACUUCAUUCUAUAAGCGUGUGUGACGUGUACCUAUACGUGUACAUGUGUGUACACACGCACCCACAUAGAUACAGAUAGGACAUCAUCUUCAUCCACUCAUUGGUCAGUGGACACUCAGGUUGUCUCCAUGUCGCGGCAGUUGUGAACAGUUGACAGCGAGUGUGGGGUUCGGCCAUCUGCUGGGAACAGCGAGCUUGUUCCCUGCGGCUGUGUCCCCAGAAGGGGGAUCACCGACCCACAUGGAGGCCCCUCCAUGCUGUUCUCCGUCACAGCCGCACCAGUGCUUCAGUGUCCUGCUGGUUCUCCUCCACUGCAGAGGGCGCCAGCCCAACCUGAUCUGCACAGUGACGCCUGGCGGUCUUGCCAGUUCCCCCAGUCAGCGUGUCCUGAGUGUCACAUGUCCACCCCCCCAGUCAGUGUGUGUCCACCGGCUGUCACAUGUCCACUCCCCCAGUCAGUGUGUGUCCGCCAGCUGUCACAUGUCCACUCCCCCAGUCAGUGUGUGUCCGCCGGCUGUCACGUGUGUGUCCGCCGGCUGUCACAUGUUCACUCCCCCAGUCAGUGUGUAUCCACCGGCUGUCACAUGUGUGUCCGCCGGCUGUCACGUGUCCACUCCCCGUCAGUGCGUGUCCACCGGCUGUCACAUGUGUGUCCGCCGGCUGUCACAUGUCCACUCCCCCAGUCAGGUGUCUGUCCGCCGGCUGUCACAUGUCCACUCCCCCAGUCAGGUGUGUCUGCCGGCUGUCACGUGUGUGUCCGCCGGCUGUCACGUGUCCACUCCCCCAGUCAGGUGUCUGUCCACCAGCUGUCACGUGUGUGUCCCCUGGCUGUCACAUGUCCACUCCCCCAGUCAGUGCGUGUCCGCUGGCUGUCACGUGUGUGUCCGCUGGCUGUCACAUGUCCACUCUCCCAGUCAGUGUGUGUCCACCGGCUGUCACGUGUCCAGUUCCCCCAGUCAAGUGUGUCUCCCGGCUCUCUUGUGUGUCCUGAGUGUCACAUGUUCACUCCCCCAGUCAGUGUGUGUCCACUGGCUGUCACGUGUGUCCGCUGGCUGUCACAUGUCCACUCCCCCAGUCAGUGUGUGUCCACUGGCUGUCACGUGUCCAGUUCCCCCAGUCAGGUGUCCACUGGCUGUCACAUCCGUGAUUCCUGUAGGCUUCUCUGGCCACGUCAUUUCCCUGAACCUGCCUCUCUUUCCACAUGGGGAGAGAAACUGAAUCAAGAAAGUGCUCCCUCAGCACCGUGAUUCCCCUUUGAAAGUCCAGGUGAAAGCAUCUGCCAAGAUUUUCUUUGUUUUUUUUGACCACGCUGUGCCACUUCUGGGAUCUUAGUUCCCCGACCAGGGAUCGAACCUGGGCCCUGGCAGUGAAAACACCACCGGACUGCCAGGGGAGUCCCUGUCAAGACUUCCCAGGGAGGAUUCGUGUGCAGGAAACAUUAAAUUUCAGGCUAGCUAAGCUUAGUUCAGAAACGUCAGAGGACAGUUCCCAAAACUGAGCAGUCUGCCUGAGAAGAGUGAAACCACAUACAGAGCCGGUCACCAACACCAGGGACACUGGUUCGUGUCAGAUGUUGGUGCCUCUCGGCCAAGCAUCACUGGUUUUCCCCAGGCCGUGGUCUAGCCGGGAUCAGAGCGCUUACUCUGAACCAGCUUAUCAGCAUUCUCUUCCCAGGGGAGGGAGCGUGUGGCUCGGGACUCCAUCCACAUGCGUGGGUGCUUCCAUGUGAGCACUGACCAGUCGGGAGACCCCAGGUCCUGACGCUUGGGUUGGGAAAUAUGGUCACGGUAUCCAGGAGGCCCUCUUAAGGUGGAGACAGGGCGUGAAAGUCCUUUCUGAGGCGCCAAAGCAGCAGCAUUUGAAGAGGGCAGAGCCAGGCCCACAGCAGGCAAGCGCUGGGGUGCCCACUUGCCUCUAGAGCUCAGCCCCCCCAGUGCCUACCCAACCACACCCCGCCGCCCU